AUGUAUGCGGCUUAUGAUUGUUUAGCAAUUCAUCAAUUAUUUAUUAGCACGGAUAUUCUUAAGCAUGGACAACGUUCACUUAAUUUAUCAUCACAAGCAACAACACAAUCAACUAAUCAAACACUAACUGAUGAAGAACCUGAACAAAAUGAACCGUUAUCAAAAGAAGAAAGAAAAAAAAUUCAUAACAGAACAUGUACUCUCAAGCAGCGACGACAUUAUUAUCGAUGUGAAAUAAUUCGACGAAAUAUUGAUCGAAGAUUUUCAAUUUGUGAAAUAAAAAAUAUUCUUCGACAAAAUAAUAUUUUAUUUUAUGUUAUAAAUAUUUCAACUUCUUCAAUUAAUCACAACAAAACAUUAUAUAUUGGAAUACGAGAUGAAUCUAAAUUAGAAGAAUAUCAAAUUAAAACCAAAACAUUAUUUACAACAGACCAUUAUAAUCAAUUGAAGUAUGAACGACGUGAAGCUAGAUCAUCUAGUAAAGAUGAUCGAAAUGUAAAUCGUCGUGAUUACCAUACCAAAUGA